GUGGCGCACGGUUUUGACGGGAUUCGUCACAAAAACGGGGAACCGACAAAGAUGUACACAGGUCUUGACUACGCCCAAUUAAUACUGAAAAGCUUCGGUAGGCGAGACGUCCCGCAUAUUCUGAUCACCAUCACAGACGGAGUGCCUAACAACCAGAAGGAGACAGCCAGAAUUGCAAACGUCACUCAACAAGCAGGGAUUGAAAUCUUUGUUAUUGGAGUCGGCAGACUGGACCAAGUCCAGCUCAAAGAAAUCGCCAGUGAGCCGUUCAGCGAUCAUCUGUUUACGGUCGCAGAGUUCUCGAAACUUUCCUCCCUCUCCAGUCUGGUGAGACAAAAGGCCUGUCCUG